UUCGCUAUUUUCCAAGGUUCCCAGGUUCCCGACUGCUGCAGGUAACCGGAGAAACUGAGACCCUUCUUUGAACGACCGCCCAUCUUCCAGAAUCGCGACGACUUGCCGGACAUCGCCCCUGCUUUGUCUCAAGUUGGGAGGACGAGCUAGCAGGAAGGUAGCAAAGGUGUUCAGGUGUCAAUUAAGGAAGAGAGAGAAAGCGCGAGGAGAUGAGAGUUUCCGAACGACAAACUGCACCGUCGCCCCCAGUUAUGGAGGAACGAAUCUAAAAUCUCCCACCUCAUCUACCCGUGUCGACAGGUCAUAUCUGAGCUGGAAAUGCCUGUUCGGAGCGUUGCACCAGAGACACAUUCCCGGAUACUAACCAAUAUAGCAAUUAGCCAUGGCCGACCAACAACGCGUCUUCACGCCUACCGGCUCCCGGAGCGCCGUUCGUCGAUCCUAUAUUCGCACCAGUUCGCAAUCGCCGUCGCGUCACCAACAGCGUCUAGGCGAUGACCUACUUUCCCAACUUUCCCCCAAUGCCGCCGUCGAUGCUCUCCGAUCCCCUACCGGGGCCUUGAAAGCAUGCAUGGACAAAGCCUCGGCCUCCGAGCAGGCCUUUGCGAUGCGAACCGCGAUCGCUUCGAAAAAGAUACGCGACUGGCUCGAAGAGCUCUCCAGUUGGACUUGGCAGAGGGGUAACGGCUCUACCGGGUUUGAGAUGCCCCCUGCUAAGAAAAGGAAGCUUUUUGAACCAGAGACGCCACCUCGUGGCGACAAGGGUAAACUGCCCGAAUCCAACCCUCCCUACGAUACCGACUACCUUGGCAGCUUGCGCGUUGCCGACGUGGACCGUUACGAGAAACGAGUCGAGAAGAUACAGCGGGAUUUGGACGAACUAGAUCUAGAGGAGAUUAAGAGUCAAGUUCUACACAACCAUAUCCUGCCCCUUUCGCGACCCAGCAGUCCAGCUUUUUCCGACAGUGGUCUCUCCACGAUAUCAACUUCUAUGUUUGCUAAGAUGGAAGAUUUGACUGCGGUCGUCACCGCUAUCACCAUGCAAGCUUUGCCCAACCUAUCUAGACUGACGAGAUUUUUAAAUACAUGGACUAUGCGGUUACUUGUCCUGCGAAAAAUCCCGUCUCUGAUGACCAUGAUGGCGGAUGCGGAGGUUGCGUUACGUUCUGGUUGGAACGCGAUCGAAUCGCCAGAGUCUAGUCCUACACGAGCGACUGGACGCGAUGACUCGUCUAGCCUUUCCAGAAAGGAAUUCGAUAUCAUAAAACGCGUCAUACAGCAGAAAGUGACGAAGCCAGGCCGCGCUUUAGAUUACAUGCUUGACUCUCUAGAGGGGUCGAUGGAUACCUUGCCCGAUGCGUGGCUUGAUCAGAUGGAACAAAUUGAGCGAGGCUAUGCGAUAUGGGAAGCAACUGCGGAGCGCAAGGUUCUAGCGGGAGAGGGAUCAUCUAAGGACGUAUCUAUCCGAACAGAGCCGGAAACCCCACGACCAAAGAUUCAUGUCGAAGGUCCGAGCCCCACCGUAUAUUCGCCAGUGCCAUCUGACUUUGACCAAUUUGCCUCACCGACACCAGACCCGAAGUCUGCUGAAGAUAUGGAAAAUAGCCCUGAGCUCCCGAAAGAAAGACCUGCCGCGUCUUCCAAACCCACUGCGGUGAAGUUCUUGGUUAACCAACCGAGGAAGGAUAUCCAGGGGUCGACUUCGCAGGUCAUCGAUUUAAGCACGGUUGCUGCGCAGCAACGUGAGGUUAACUCAGGCGCUAAGGUUGAAGACCCGAGCCUCAGCUAUGAUGGUGCUAGUAAGAAACGACCUGUGGCUGUCAAAAAGGCAACUCCCAAAUCAAUUAGCGUAAUGCCGGAUUUUCCGCGUUUAUCUCGGCCGUCUAAGCAAUCCCGUGGUCAGACGCACGAUAGACCAGAGAACAGGCAAGCAUCCGAAAACCCACGUACCAGUCCUGUUCUAGGCGAAGUCGACCGGAAUAUCAUCCGCAGUCCUCCCCCGGAACUUAAGAAAUCGGAGGUAACUGUUGAGAGGGAGCCUGUUUUUGCUGAUGAGCUCGAAUCUUCGGUGUUGGAGCCUUCGGUGCUUGAGCCCGUGGACGAAGAGGGAGAAGGAGAAGAGCUCGAAUUGCCUCCUGCCCGCUUCGUUAACCAUAAGACCAGCAACCAAUCUAUUGCCUCUACUGUUAUACAUGGCACUUCUAACAACUUCGGUAAUUCAGACAACGCGCUAUUUAGAGAGGGGUCUAUGGAGCCAGAUCUGCCGCGUUUGGCGGAUCCUGACGAGCCGUUUUCAAGCGACAAUAUCAGCCCACCUAGCUCACCGCCUUUACGGUACAAGACUCGAUCUACGUCAGUUACGUUCAAAGAUGUUCCCGAGAUAGCUUCGUUGCCAGAGCUAGGCAGCAGUCCACCUCGGAGCCCGCUUGAGGCCCCCUCGGUCUUCGAUGCCGAUGCUUCGUUCGAGGAUGAAAGUCAGGCCGGUAGCCCAGGCCGCAUGAGUACGAUCAGUUCUAUCAGCGAAGACGAGCACCUCCAUCAGCAAAUCAGCGAUAUCCUCGAGUCUAUUCCGGCUAAGAUCCGAAUCAAGAGGACACCUGCUGUUAACCUGAAUCCACCAGACCUUCAGCUCCCCGCCCGACCUAAGUCCAGGGCCUCGGACUUUGCGCGUCGGAGCAACUCCAGUUUAUCUGCGCGCUCUGGCACUUCGUUCUCUCGCAGUGGAACUCCCUCCUUCAUGUUAGCACCAGCGAGAGAUCCACGCGCGAAAACGAAGAGCAGUCAAGGCAUUAGAGUCUACCAUUUAUCACGUUCUACAGGCGAGCCUCCGCUGAAACUGCUUAUCCGCUGCGUUGGAGAAAAAGGCGAGAGAGUUAUGGUUCGGAUUGGCGGUGGAUGGGCUGACUUAGGCGAAUACCUGCGAGAGUACGCGGUACAUCAUAGCUCGCGUUCUAAAGGCGAAGGGAAGGUGGAUAUUAGAGAUCUACCGACUGUUCCAAGUGGCUUAGGAUCAAGCCCGUCUAGUCGACCUGGCUCGGCGAUGGAAUCUCCUAAUACUCCCACCCCCCUUUUAGUCCGGAAAACUAGGAAGAGUCUGGGCGAGGAAGGGGCUCCAAGGCCUCCAAAGACACCGUUUCCUACUGAGCACGGGGCUGACUCACCAUCUUCUCAGACAUCGGCUAGGUCACGUUCGUCGUCGCAUGUAGAUUGGGACGAGGAAGACAGCUCUCUCGGGCUAGCCGGGCCGAAGGGAAGGAAGGUAGACAUGAGUGACGAGAGCCGGGCUUGGGUAGAGAGCGUGAAGGAGAAAGUCCGGAUAGCUAGCGGCGAUCGGAUACCUCCUCCGGAACAACGACUUGACACGAAGUUCGGCGAGAUGGGAAAAGUCGGCGGUACGAAACGGCUCUUUAAGAGGAAUUAGGAACAUCUUUACGGCCCGUAACGACCGAUUUUUGAUCUCGAAAAAGGCUGCGUUGGGGAGUCCACGGGCUGGUUUUUGGAUCGUCGGGGGAAAG